CCCCCACCCGGCGCCGAUCCUCAGCUAUGGCGAUGGUUCAGUGCCGUGAAUACCCAUCACACCGGACAGAUUACGGUUUCAGAGCUGCAGAACGCACUUGUGAACGAGUUCGAUCUUGACACGGUCAAGAUGUUGAUGACCAUGUUUGACACUGAUCGAAGUGGAUCUAUUGGAUUUAAUGAGUUCUGCGGUCUGUGGAAAUACAUUCAAGACUGGCAAGGAGUCUUCAGACACUUCGACAGAGACCGGUCUGGGUCCAUUGAGGGAUAUGAGCUGGCCGAGGCGCUUCGCAGCUUUGGGUACAAUCUUCCUCCUUCAAUUCUCACUCUGAUAGAACAGAAGUAUGCUUCUGCACCCGUCGCCGCAGGAUAUGGUGGCCCUCCGCCUGGCAUCACUUUUGACCGUUUCGUCCGUGCUUGCGUAGCUGUCAAGUCAUUGACGGAGGCAUUCAAACGGGCCGAUACGAACGGGGAUGGUUGGGCACGGCUCAACUAUGAAGACUUCAUGAAGGUC